AAAGUUUUUUCGCUCAUUAUUGUGUAUUUUUGAGGUAUUCAGUCACCCGCUCGCAGCGAGUUUCUCAUUAUAACGACGUGCAGGUUGUGCUUUUUCAUCUCACUGGCGGAAAUGCUUCACGUUUACGGACACCGGCAGCGACUUAAGUCUGCAAAAGCGCUGCUGUUAUUUAUUCAGCAGCCUGCAUAAGCUGCGUCCAGGUCGUCUCUUAUGCACAAAAAGCUAAUUAGGAUAAUUAACGCCUGUCAUUUGGGCACCGUGAAGGCUUUGAGCACGCGAGGCGAACGCAGCUCCUCGUGUACGCGCACGUCCUGUUAAUGGGCUUUACGUGCGCGCGUACAGAGUCACAAAAGCAGAGGGUCUCCAGUGUCGAGGGCGCACAACUUCUGCACCGACAUCAGCACGCCAUCGCAGGGGCAAACCGGAGGGAAAGCAGCGAGUUUGGACUAGAAGUUCUGCACGAGAAGUUGGGAUUUGAAGAAGUGGCUUGAAGAUAAGUUCAGGAUUCUCUCGCUUUGCGUUUCGGCUCCAAACUGUGUGGGUGUUGGAAAGAUGACGGUGACAUAACUGUAAGUGUUCGGAUCCGCUCGCUGAGUCUCUGUGACCUCAAUGAAGAGUCUCUAAGCCGGACUGAUACACUCAGUGUCCCGGAGCCGAAGCCCACAGGACGCCGGGAACCGUGAACCCCAGCGGCUUGCCGGGAUGGUGCGCCUGCUCAGCUGCCUGCUGCUGGGAUAUCUGACCUGGAAUCUGCGGAUAUCGGACGCACAGGGGGAAUACUGCCACGGAUGGCUGGACUCUAAUGGGAAUUAUCAUGAGGGUUUCCAGUGUCCGGAGGACUUUGACACCAUGGACGCCACGGUGUGCUGCGGCUCCUGCUCGCUGCGCUACUGCUGCGCGGCCGCGGACGCACGGCUGGACCAGGGCAGCUGCACCAACGACAGGGAGGUGGACAACACCGAGUUUGCAGCGCAGCCCGUCUACGUGCCCUUCCUGAUGGUGGGAAGCAUCUUCGUCGCCUUCGUAGUGGUCGGCUCUCUGGUGGCCGUCUACUGCUGCACCUGCCUGCGGCCCAAGCAGCCGACCCAGCAGCCCAUUCGCUUCUCCCUGCGCAGCUGCCAGGGCGAAACCAUCCCCAUGAUCCUCACCACCGCUCCCCCGAGCCUCCGAGCCCCGUCGCGACAGUCCAGCACAGCCACCACCAGCUCCAGCUCGGCGGGAGGCGGCAGCUCCGUGCGGAGGUUUUCUCUCGGAGCUCAGGGGCAGCAGCAGCAGCAGCAGCAUAGCUGCCUGGUGUCCACCAAUGUGUCUUCGUCAGCCUCCACCCCGACCCAGACCCCUCAGACUCUGCUCCCACCUCCACCUCCCCCUUACACAUCCCCGCCAGCACUCAUGUCAGGAGGCAUCCAGCACCCCUCCACCCACACCCAGCUACAGCUCCACCAGCCCUCCACGCCCUCGCACCCCUCUCAGACCACUGGGUUCCUCCUGCCGCAGCAGUACUUCUUCCCCCUGCAGCCCGAUGCCUUCGCAGCGGCCAAGGGCUUCGCCGACUUCGGACAGAGCUGACAGGGCUCCCAGCAGGGGAAUGCAAGAUGGGAUGCGAGGACAAACACAUCGCAACGCAGCUGGUGGUGUUUGGGCGGAAGGCCCAGCUCAGUGGACACAGCGAAUGCGACGUGGGGGUGAGAGACUUUAGUACAACAAAGCUGCUGUGGUGAAGUAACGUGGCCUGGGGCGUUCACCCAUCCUCAUCGCAGGACACGCGAGCAGACGUGUGGGAGGCAGGAACAGCUUUGAAUAUUGUGCACUUUUAUAUUGUAAACAGAACUCACUGACCUGCAUUUUAGUUUUUAUACGUGCUGUUUUUCAAGGUGACAGCUGGCAAAUAUGGACUGAAAAUUUUAGUUUAUCACACAACUUAAAGAAAAGAGAAAUACAGUGUAGAUGGCACUGACACCGUCGCUCUGAGACUCUGAAUACGACAUAGAAAUAGAUGUUGGAAACCAGGGAAAUAUUUUUGGUUUUGACAAUCGCAAGGACCUCCGGAAAAGAGAGGACCUGAUACACAAAGGACAUUUUAUUUUGGAGGAAAUGUGGACUUUUCUAAAAUAUUGUACAGGUAUUGUAGCCAGAGCAGGGUUGUCAUAUUGAUUCUCUAAUUUACAGCAAAUAAAACGUUGUUUCUCAGUA